AUGUCCUUCUCUAACCUCGUCUCCGAUAUCGCCUUUCGGGACUCCAAUGUCGAUGAUCGCAGCUCGCAAAUCUCCCGGGCUCGCUCCCAACCCACCGCUCGAUCCUACACCAGCACGACAGCAACCAGUGUCAGCAUAUCCGGCGAUAUUUCGAGUCAAUUACACUCGGGCUACAGCCAUCCGUUGAGCAGAUCCUGGCAAGCCGAAAGACAAUUAACAAAGGACAUGCUCAUAUACCCGUUAUUCAUCACCGACAAUCCCGACGAGGCGACCCCCAUUCCGUCCCUUCCGAACCAAUGCCGCUGGGGAAUCAACCGCCUGGUUCCUUUCUUAACCCCGCUUGUCCGGAAAGGCCUGCGGUCCGUGAUUCUAUUCGGAGUUCCACUGCAUCCAUCCGCUAAAGACGCGCUGGGGACCGCCGCAGAUGACCCAGAAGGCCCUGUCAUCCAGGCCAUCCGUCUUCUUCGAUCUCAUUUCCCGCAUCUCUACAUUGUGACCGACGUGUGCCUUUGCGAAUAUACAUCCCACGGCCACUGCGGAAUCCUUCGUGAAGACGGCACCCUUGACAAUGCGCAAUCGGUCGACCGUAUUUCCGACGUCGCCAUGGCUUAUGCAGCAGCGGGAGCACACUGCGUUGCGCCCUCAGACAUGAACGAUGGUAGGGUGCGGGCCAUUAAGCUCAAACUGAUCGAAGCUGGAGUAGCGCACCGCGUGCUCUUGAUGUCGUAUAGUGCAAAAUUUAGCGGCUCUGCCCCCGGGGGCCGGGGUCUUGCUCGACGGGCAAUUCAGAGAGAUAUUGCGGAAGGCGCCGACAUUAUCAUGGUGAAGCCAGCAAGCAGCUACUUGGACAUCAUCCGGGAUGCCAAGGACAUGGCCAAGGAUCUCCCGGUCGCGGCAUACCAGGUCAGUGGCGAAUUUGCCAUGAUUCAUGCGGGUGCCAAAGCUGGAGUGUUUGACCUCAAAGCAAUGGCCUUCGAAAGCACCGAGGGAAUCCUGCGAGCAGGGGCAGGGAUUGUGUUCAGUUACUUCGUGCCAGAGUUCUUGGAUUGGCUCUAG